ACCUUCUAUGAAAUGAUUAGUUUAAAUUGUUAUCAUGUUCGCAAUUUUAAAAGAUGUUUGAAUAAUUUUUUGAAGAUGCCAUAUUCGUAGAGAUGCAGAUUAGAUGUUUAACAGAUAUUAUAUUAUGGAAGCGCAAACAGAUCCACCUGUUCCGCGGCCACAAGUCAAUUCAUUAACUUCAUUUCCUGAAAUGUGGUAUUACAUAUUUUUAUGGGCCUUUAUCUCUUCUGUUUUUGUUCAUACCAUAGCUGGUGCAAUCUGCUUUGGUACGUUAAGACAACAUAAGUAUGGCAAAUUCUUCCCAUUGCUGAUUAUAAUAAUGGGAGUAUUGUUACCACUGACAUCAGGAGUUCUUAGCUCCGCAGCUGUUGCUUUUGUAUAUAGAGCAUCACGUUAUCCACUGCCACGUUUGUAUGCACUGUUUUGGGGUAUUGGACAGACUGUUGUAGCAGGAUGUGUUGGAUUUACAAGAAUUCUAGCAACUUUAUAAUGGAAAAGAAUGGUGUGAUGACAAAAUAUACUAUUAGCAAAAAAUGUUAAUGCACAUUGGCAUUUCUAAAGAAAAAGGGAGAACAAGUGAAUACUAUUUUAUUAGAAUUAGUAUUACUGAUAGAUAAUAGUGUAUAAGGAAAUUUGUACAUACAUGGAUAUAUAAUGCACAUAUGUAAUAAUGAAGACUUAAGGUGGCGUGUGUAUUAUUAGAUUUUUAAAUUGAUCAGAAAAUAAAAUGUUAUUUAUUAUCAACAUAGAA